AUGCCUGGCCCUAACAUGAAGCAUCUUACUGGUGUCUUCCGAGCCACAGGCACUCACAAAGCUGCCCGCAAUCGAAAGCCUGUUUCCUGUACGAUAUGUCAGAAACGCAAGUCGAAAUGUGAUCGAGAAAAACCUUCAUGCAGUGCCUGUCAAAAGCGAGGUGACCCGAACGCUUGUUUCUAUAGUGAUACGAGUGUUUCUGGAGGAAGACAAGAAAUGCAACUCAAAGUGGCCAAGCUUGAAGAGAUGGUUAUGCGCCUCGCGGCAGAAUCAGAAGCUUCAAGUGCUCUGCCCAGUGCUAGUACAGAAAGCAGCAUGAGUGGACUCUCUCCUCAGCGAAUAGAAGAAGGAUCCGAUGCAGCGUAUCAUGGAGAGACAUCGUGGGAGGCUGUCUUUAAGGGCAUCCAUGACAUUCAAAAUGUUCUUCACACCCAAGAUGAGUCUGACGGUGGCGAGUCUGAGAUUCUACCUCCUUCUCCAGACAUUGUGAUUGGAGGGAUAUCAUCCAUCACUAUCACCGAUAUUCGCAAUAGCUUACCCUCUCGUCAUGAUGCCGAUGCUCUUGUCAGGAUGUAUUUCAAGUCCAAAUUCAUCGCCAUUCCCUUUAUCCACGAGAGGCAUUUCCGAAGACGUUAUGAGCUUAUGUGGUCCGGCUCUCAUGGCCCUAAUUUCCUGUGGUUGAGUAUCAUGUUCUCAGUGUUGGGCCUUGGUGCUAUGAUCUCGAAAGCCCAAACCCCUUGUCCAGGGUAUGUAGAGGAACCAAAGUUCUACAUUCAGCGCUCAGCCCAGUGUCUUGUCACAGGAGAGUACCUUAAGGCCAAACCGUAUUCUGUCGAAGCACUUAUGAUGUACGCUCAUUCGCGUAAUGUUACCAAAAAAGAUUCAGACGCUACGAUAUGGUCUCUGUACUCGCUCGCUGUCCGUCUUGCACAGCGCAGAGGCUAUCAUCUUGACGCAGCCAGAGUCUCAUCUGCCAUUACGCAAUUUGAGGCCGAGAUGCGCCGACGGACGUGGUUCAUGGUUCAGACUUCUGAUUUACUUUUUUCAUUCCAGCUGGGCAUGCCCCCUAUGGUGUAUCAAGAAGUUUGUGACGCCGGACAUCCUAGAAACUUAUCAGACGAUGACUUUGACGAAGACACCGAGGUGCCUGAGUCUCGUCCCCCCACAGAGCCUACUCCCAUGCUGGCCUGGCAGACCAAAUCCCACCUCUGCCGCCUUUUACGCCGUGCCCUACGGCAUGUUCUCCGUGUUGAGUCACCGCCGUAUGAAGAGACGAUGGCACUCCAGGCAGAGUUAGAAUCAUACCACAAUACCGUGCCUGAAUGCUUUCGCGUCCGUCCCAUUGCCUCCACUCCAUUGGAUGUCCCAGGCUACACCAUCAUGCAUCGACUGAUCAUAGAGAUAUCGUACCUCAAGACGAUUUGUGUGCUCCAUCGCCCCUAUCUCCGCUCCGAGAUGAGCCAGGAACGUUAUCGAGCAUCCCGAGAACUAUGCCGCGCCACGGCUGUUCGAGUUGUUGAACUCCACCUCGAGUUCGAACAUGAGAUUCGAGACGGUGGCCGCAUGCACGAAGAUCGCUUUUUACUCUCGAGCCUUACACUGCAUGACUUUCUAGUUGCAGCCAUGAUCCUGUGCCUGGAUUUAUUGGGAUCAACCGACAUAACCCCGCAAAUACAUCUGCAACAUGUUCGGAUACUUGAACGUGCCCACGAGGUCUGGGAAGAGCGUGGGCUUCACUCCAAGGACGCACGAUACGGAUCAAGGGUUAUUCGUGCAACACUCAACCGAGUUGCUGUGCCACUGAGCGCGAUGUCUAGCUCAGAAGCUCAGAGUCUAGUCAAUACGGCAUAUCCCUACACCGAAACAACUGUAUGCGGUGCGAUCACAGACUUCACUAUGCCUGAUAUGAAUUUUUCCGGAGACUAUGAGGAGUUUCUUCCUCUGAAUACCAUCUUUGGCCCGACCGAGGGCUUCGACUGGGAAUUACCACAAAACGAGUGGAUGGGUAUCAAAAAGUACAAAACCUUGAAUAAGGUCUCGACCCGGCCUUGUUUAUCUCUCAUAAGUCGUAGCGCGUGGCAACACAAGACAACAACAACAACAACAACAAGCAAGUAA